UCAAAGCCCUCCAAUCACGACUCGGCAAAAGAUUGGCUCAUUCCUAACCACAUCUUUAGACAUUCCUUCACACGUGUCAUCUUAUCUGCCAAUCACCUCUCAUAUGACGUCACGUGAACUGGGUCCCUCCUCCCUCACUCUCUUCCCAUUUUUUUUUUCUCUCGUUUUCUCUGUUACCAUCACUCUCUUCGUCCGGUAAAAAUAAUAUGAAAAAUCAAAGAAAGUAAAUUUAUUUUAAUUUGUGGAAUGUUUUAUAUGUUGUUGUGUUAGCUUGUUUUGUAUUUUCUUUAAAAUUUUUGGUGGAAUUGGCGAUGUGUGGGGCAAUUGUGGCACGUACUUUUGAAUUGGGAUUUGGAGUUGGAUUUGUGAUCAGCUGCGGUUUCUUUAGAGAUGUUUGAUUGGAACGAAGAAGAGUUAAGGGAUAUAAUAUGGGGUGAGGAUGGUGAGACUGAUGACCAUAUAGUACCUUAUCAUGAGGGAGGUGAAAACUGUAGUAGUAAGAAGGAAUGGAGUCAAGAAACUGCAACCAUAAAGUCUACUGAGCGAAAGACAUCUGGGGUUAAAGUUGAUCUUCGUGGAACAAAGUUAGAUGGCAGUUCCAAUUUCAAUGCAAAUGGAGGGAUUGCCACUUCAGGAUUUGGUAUGGGCUCAUGGCCAGAGUUAUCUUCAUCUAAUACAGCAAAAACUGAUCAGGAUUCUAUUGAGGAGAUGACUGAACUUAGUAAAGAUCCUGAUCGAAAUCCCAAUGAUGGUAAAGAACAAGAUUUUGUUGACUAUAGCUGGGCUAACAUUGGAAGCUUUGAUGAUCUUGAUCGAAUUUUUAGCAAUGACGACCCAAUAUUUGGCAAUGGAAGCCUUGGUAGUGCUGAUGAGUUAUGGCCCUCAUCUAAAGAGAUAACAAACAGCCCAGGAAAAUCCUUUCCUACCACUAUGGAUUCUUCUAGCUUAGGAUUAGGAGCAUUAAGGAGCACAUCUGAACGUUCGGAAAUCAAGAGAAAAUAUGAGCAACAAGAUAAUCAGUCAUUUACCCUUAGCUAUGGGGAAAUGGUUGGUUCCCCAUCUCAUGAUGUGCAUAAUGUGGAAUUUCCUGGAGAUAAAAGUAAAUCCAUAAUUGAAGAGCAGAGAAAUGUGGAAACUGGGGGAAAAACCAGUGCAUCAAAGUCUUGUCUGGUUGCUGAAGAAGUUAUGACCCAUAAUGAAUUGGCUGAGAAGGCAUAUAGACAGAAAAAGCUGUUGAAAUUUCAAACAAAACCUGAAGAAAUAGGUGAGGCAAAACUAGUACAGGAUUUAUAUGGUACCUGGAAUCCAUCUGGAAACCCAUUGGCUCAAUAUGAGAAUAAUUUGGCAACCUCCAUGGUAAAAUCUUCUCCGUCUUCAGUUGUGAGUCAGCAGAGGGAGCUUCAAGGAUCUGACUCACUGCAGUACCAGCACAUAUCCAAUAUAUAUGUAACCCCUUCCUCAUAUGGGAAUUUUGCAAACCAAUAUCCUGCAAUGCCAGUUUUGUCAAACAUCGAGUCUGGGGAAUUUAAUCAGCAACCCUUGCUUUCUUGUUAUGACAUUUCCCCUUGCAAGGCAAAUCCUGUAAGCAGGUUUGUUGAGGCUUCUGCAAAACCCUUGAGCAUGACACCUCAGGAAAAAAUCGAAAAAUUGAGGCGGCGCCAGCAAAUGCAAGCACUGCUUGCCAUUCAGAAACAACAACAGCAGUUUACUCAUCAAGUUCCUUGCACCAAUCAUUCUGUCAUUCAAAAAUCUACUCAAGAAAAUCAAUUUCAACAUGUUGAGGAAGCUGAUGUUGAAGACCUUAGCACUCUUGCGUCUUUUGACCCAAACUCACCUCUAGAGCAAGAUGAUUCUAAUACAAUCUCUGUUGCAGUCGACAACCAUUCGGUGGAAGACACAGUUCUGUGUCAGCUACAAGAUAUAAUUGCAAAGUUGGAUGUCAGAAUUAGACUUUGCAUAAGAGAUAGCUUGUUCCGGUUGGCUCAAAGUGCGUUGCAGAGACAUUAUGCUAGUGACACAAGCAGCACGAACAAAAGUAGCAGGGUUGAAAAUGAAGUUGCAAAAGAGGAAAAUAAGAACCAUAACAGGAUGUCUGAUGCAGAAACAGAGACCAAUCCCAUAGAUCGUACUGUUGCUCAUUUACUCUUCGAUCGGCCUCUCGAGUUGUCAGGAAAGCAUCCUGAGACAACUGGAUCACUUGCUUCCUCAAAGUUCUCAUAUGAACGCAAAUCAGUGGGUUUAAUGAGUUUGCCGGGUUGCUUAUCAGACAAUUCACAAGUUAAACAAAACCUCGCUCACAAUGUCUCAAAAGGUCCUUCCCCAUUGAUGGGACCCCAACACGUGGAGCAUUUCAAGAACAGUCCUUGCAUAGAUACCUCUGAGAAUGCAUCAAACUAUGGGCCUGCAGAUGGUGGAGUUGCUAAGGUUGAAUCCUCAUAAUGAAAUCUGAAAUUCUUCUAAGGGUAAUUCCCUUAAUAUUUCCAUGCCUAUUAAGCGUGUGCUUUGAAUUAUUAUACGGAUUUACUGGUAAUUCCAAGGUAUUUUUUUCUUGUCGGCUGAGCUGAAUCCCUUCAAGCUUAUCGUGGAGCCAUGAAAAUCAUCCUAGAUUAGCUGGAUCUGGAGCCUUAAAACAUUGUCAUUUCAAGAAUCUGUGGACAUCUAUUGUCAGCAUCUAUAAACAAAAACUGCAUAGGUGCUUGUGUUUGAAGUCAAUGUCAGUUAUAUAUCGCCCGUACAAAUAUUCCUCUGACAUACUCCCUGGAGAUGACUUGUUUAUGUGUGUCAUAAUCUACACAUUGCCUGAAGCAACAUCAACCAACUCUCUGAAACAUAGUAAGUCUUGGCAGAUCAAUUAUUUGCCACCUCUAUUCUUCCAUUACUCCAGUAACUGAAACUUCGAUAUGGAAUUGAUGCAUCACGUGUCUUUUAUUAGUUUAAAUAAACUAGAA